AUGGCAAAGGUUAAGAUUGACUCAACAAUUGGCGUAAGCUCUGGCUGUGCCACAGCGCUGUCCCUUUUACUACUACUACUGCCCCAUACCACCACCUCCUACCCCAUACCACCACCUACUACCCCAUACCCCCACCUACUACCCCAUACCCCCACCUACUGCCCCAUACCCACACCUACUACCCCAUACCCCCACCUACUACCCCAUACCCACACCUACUACCCCAUACCCCCACCUACUACCCCAUACCCACACCUACUACCCCAUACCACCACCUACUACCCCAUACCACCACCUACUACCCCAUACCCACACCUACUACCCCAUACCACCACCUACUACCCCAUACCCCCACCUACUACCCCAUACCCACACCUACUACCCCAUACCACCAUCUACUACCCCAUACCACCACCUACUACCCCAUACCCACACCGACUACCCCAUACCACCACCUACUACCCCAUACCCACACCUACUACCCCAUACCCCCACCUACUACCCCAUACCCCCACCUACUACCCCAUACCCCCCACCUACUGCCCCAUACCCCCCACCUACUGCCCCAUACCCCCCACCUACUACCCCAUAGCCCCACCUACUGCCCCAUACCCCCCACCUACUAUCCCAUACCCCCCACCUACUACCCCAUACCCCCCACCUACUACCUCAUACCACCACAGCGCUGUGGCGUAA